AUGGCGUCCGUCCUGUUUCAGGGCUUUCCCAAUGUCUUCACCGCGCCGGCCGUAGCGCUGGGCGAAGUAUUGACUGUUGCCUCCUUUCACCAGCCCGUCUUGCUCGAGACGUCCCAAAGCUCCACCCACAAAGUUCUGGCAGUUGGUCUGGCGGCUGAUCCGGGGGAUGUUCUUGUCAUCGCUUGCGUAGCUCCUGAUCGAUGCCUGCGCCCUGGCCGCUUCGCCGCUGGAGAGCUUUCCGACGACGGUGCUGCCGUAUAA